GUAUCUGGCACACCAAACAACAUGUGCCCUGAGCUCCUUGCCGGCAUACCCUAUGGCUACAAAUCUGAUAUAUGGCCGCUUGGAUACUGUAUGUUUGACAUUGCUGCACAUCGACCCCCAUUUAAAGCUUCUGACAAAACUGGACUUAUCAGCAAAAUAAACCGGGGUUUGUUCUCACCACUUCCGAUUAUAUACUCCUCCACCUUUCCGAGAGGUAGCAGAGACAGACAGUUGAAGCUAAAAGACAAGAGAACUGUCCUUUACUAUGACGAAAGUGAUAACAUUCAGCCAAGAAACUUAUCUGACAAUUAUAACACAUUCCGAGCCAAACUUGACACUAAGAGAGUCGAUCCAACAAGCUACUCGAUUAGGAUCUCUCAAGAUAGUGAGGAUUCUAAAAGUGGGGAGAUGAGUGAGGCAGCUGUUUGCAAUGGAUAUGAUCAACAGGAGACUAUCUCACAAACAGAAACUACGAUCACUCCAAGCUCGUCAAGUUCAAGGGCAAAAACAUGGUCCGAGGAACAAGAGCAUGUUUCUCCGGAGCAUGUUAGUCGAUUUGAUAAGGGUGAUACGAAGAAUAACAAGACAAAAGAGCUUGAGGUGUUGAGCAGUCCACUGGACCACAAGGAAGCAGAUAUAUCGGCAAAACCAGAUCCAGAGGCAGCACCAAGAUGCUGUGUUGCUGAAACUGAAAAUGACGAGCUAGAAAAGAAAGCAACCGCGGUUUAUGACACCAAACAGGCUAAGAAAGACGCUCUUCGAGCACUAGAUGAUAAGGUUUCGCAGCUCAAGUCACUAGCCGCAUUAGCUAGUAAGGAGGACAAAGACGACUGGGGUAAUCCCACUGAACAAAGAGCUGAAGCUUUAGAAUCUCUUUUGGAGGUUUGUGCACGACUACUUAAGCAGGAAAAAUCCGAUGAGCAUGCUGGUGUGCUGAAACCAUUCGAGGAUGAUGGAAUGUCGUCUAGAGAAACAGCAAUCUGGUUGACAAAAAGUCUCAUGACUGCACAAAAGUUGUCCAAGGGGUCGUGA